AUGAAAGAAUGUGUUGAACACAUUAUACACAAACAAGGGGAUGCACCCUGUGAUGCUGCUGACAAUGCAAUAAUUGUCGUUCUCCUGGACACCUUAAAGAAUGUCCGUGAUGCAGGCUACACUCCCUUGGUGGCAUUUCGUCCAGACAAUGCUGCACAUGCUACUCUGAAUCUGUACGCAUUUGACUCCUUGUUUUGGCGAAGGUUGCUGUGUCUUGGAGAUGAUGCAGGCAGGAGACUGAAAGAUGGGUUGUCAAGGUUGCCAAAUGCAAUGGAUAGAUAUGUGGAACGACAUGUUGUGUUUGAAGAAUUGGAAGUUGAAGAGAAGCAAGUGGAAGUUGAAGAAUUAGAGGUAAAGAAGAAGAGUGAAAAAAGCAGAACGACGAAGUGCAAGAGUAAAUCCCCGCCAAAGAGGAAAAGGUUGGUGAAAAAGAAGACUGAAGAAUCAGAAGGAAAGGAGAUUCAUGAAGAUGAAGAGAUGGUAAAGAAGAAAAGAAGUCCUGGUAAUUCGUAG